AUGAUAUUAACAGAAGGACUUUCAAUUCCUGAAGGAUAUGACCAAUGUCCUUACAGAUCCUAUGUGUGGUCAAUUUUAAGUCGUACACAGACGUUCUCCACCGAACAUUACUUGCAGCUAUUGUCAGAACUGGAAAACAGCUUGAGCAAAGAGCUACGAAUGAAAAUUAAGAAUGACACUUUUCGUACAUUAAUGAAUGAUCAAAGGUUUCAUCAAAAAGUAAGUGAAGAUCUGCUAAUUAGAAUUUUGUCAUGUGUUGCAAUGACCAAUGAUGUGGGCUAUGUUCAAGGGCUCAAUGUGCUACUUGCUCCUAUUGCAUACAGUUGUCAUCGAAGUGAACCACAAGCAUUUGCUAUACUACACUCCGUAAUCACCUACCAUAUCCCACUAUACAUCACACCGAAUUUAGAAGGUGUUCAUACUGGUCUUAGUCUAGUUGAUGUUGUGCUUAAGCUGAUUGAUCCAGUGUUAAGUGAAGCAUUGGACUCAAAAUUUUUGAAAACGGAGAUUUAUGCGUUUCCCUCAGUACUUACAUUAAGUGCAUGCACGCCACCGUUGCAAGCAGUUUUGAAAUUGUGGGAUUUUUUAUUUGCAUAUGGGUUCCAUAUGAAUAUCUUGUUCAUUGUGGCCCAAUUGAUUAUUCAUAGGACGGUAAUUUUGGAAUCGGAACAACCAAUGAAAAUUUUGCGUAAUUUCCCUAGUUUGGAAGCUAAUGAAAUUAUCAAGUUGAGUUUGAGUUUUAUACCUGAGUUGCCGAAACCACUUUUUGAGUUGAUUGCAAGGCAUGGAUACGAUAAAUCUGUCCCCAAAAGAUUGAAGGCAUUUUUAGCUGAUGGGGAAUAA